AUGGCCUCGCGGAACAGACCCGCCAGCGGCGCCAUGCCGCCGGCGAGGGGCGGGAUCAGCGGCGUUGGAGGCAGGCUUCCCGAUGCCGGCGAAAUCGGACACGAGGAGGGUGCCCGCCUGCUGCGCUCUUACGUCCAGGACACCCUUCGCUCCAAAGCCGUCGGUGAUUCCGCACAGUACCUGGGGUUCGUGUACGACUUUGUCCAGCUCAAACAGUCGGAUGUUCAGAACAGUGCGGAAUCAGCCAACAAGUAUGCAGCACUGCUGCGUGCCAUCGGUGACUCCGUUACUUUUCUGAACGAGAGCAGUCACGACAGGCUCUGUCAGGAACUCUUGAGUAUCAAUUUGUGGACGGCGCCCCAGGUUGUGGCCAUGGCCUAUGCACAGCUGCUUGUGAACCUGGCAAUUUCCAAUCAAGCCUUUGUCCCAGGUGUGUUGAAGUGGUUGAUAAGGAGCUUCAGGCCAAUCCACACAGCGGCAGAGAAGGGGUCCUCCAAGCCAGUGAGAUGGCAUCAGUCACAAAGGGAGAAGCAGGUUCAAGAUGUAGUGAUGGUGACACUUGCCAAGGUACAGGCAUUGCUCCUGUCUAGUAAGUACCAUGGUAGACGUUUUGUGCACCUUGGAUUUUUCUGUGACUUGAGCAUCCUGCCACAAGCAGGGGUUUCAAUUGCAAAUUUACCAGCAUGUGUAGCAGCAGACAGGUCCGUACUGUGUGAAGUUUCGCCCCACUCCUUUCCUUGUUAA